AUGGCUAACACGUUGAACAAAGAAUCGGCCGUUUGCGAGCAGGAACGGCGGAGUUUUCUUGAGGAUUUACAACGAUUUCAUUCCGGUCGGGGAACACACUUUGAUAUUAUCCCAAAUAUUGGAGGCCGCGAGAUAGAUCUGCAUCGCCUGUAUCGCCGUGUUGUAGAACUUGGAGGCUGGCGCAAGGUUUGUAAUGAACUCAAGUGGGAUGAACUUCAAGCAGAAUUUGGUAUACCAGCAGCAUGUUCAAAUGGAGAUCAAGGACUUAAAGUUAUUUAUGUUAGGUUUUUAUAUUUAUAUGAAAAGUUGAAUUUUCUGGGAGAAGACCCUGAUCAAAAAGAAACUGAAAAUGAUGCAAAUCGACACAGAAAAAAGAACCCAGGACCUUUCUAUGGUGUACCAUUAAAAUACAAUUAUGCACAACAUCAAAUACCAGAUUUACUUCGCAAAAAUAAUGGUUUCUGUCUAGACUUGGUACAACCUAAUGAUUAUGAUAAGUUAGAGAAAGCUCUACUCUCAGGCUUACCCAAUGAAGUAGAUUUUGCUAUCAAUGUGUGUACAUUAUUAUCUAAUGAAGGCAGACAUGUUUUACGUUUGGACAAAGCUAAACAUUUAUUACAGUUAUUAUUAGCCCAUAUAGGAGUAUUCAAUCAAGGUUAUGAAUCUUUGUAUGAUUUAUAUCAUCAUGGUUGGUCUCCAUACACUGAUAGAGAUUUUUUAAGGUUUUGGUAUGAAAGUGUUAAUGAUCCAGUUAUUAAAGAAUUAAUUACAAUGAAUGAUCAAAUUUAUACUCAAAAAGAGAAAACUGGAAGUGAAGUACUACAUUUAGGUCAUAAUAUAGGUGUUCAUAGUGUUGAAGGUCAAAGAGUCACUCAGCUAGCUGUCUUGUUAAGAAAUUUAUCUUUUGAAGAUAUUAAUCAGAAACUAAUGGCAUCAAAUGCUGUUGUCUUUAAAUUUUUAAUGUUAUGUGUACAUAGUACUUAUGGAUCUUUGAAGCAAUUAGCUUUAGAUACUUUGGGAAAUUUAGCUGCUCAAAUGGUGCUCGAUUCUAUAGGAAAUCAUAGAACUAAUUUAAUACUAGAUUUUAUUACUAAAUCAUUUUGUGCUGAUGAUAAAAUAACAGUUGUAAGAGCACUAGAAGUACUAGGCAAACUGUGUCAAGUUGAAGCUAAUGAAAGUUAUAUAACAGAAACAUUAUUAUCUAAAACAUAUGAUGAUGUGUUUAGAUUAUUAACAGUACAUGAUAUACAGUUAAUAGUACAUACACUAGAAGCUUUAUAUCAACUCUCAGAACUAGGUGAAACAACAACUAAUAAAAUAGUACAAGUUAGAAAUGCUGUGGACAUCCUGAUAGAUUUGAUAACAGUGGAGGCCCAGUCUUACGGUCCUAACUCAUUGGUUGGUAUCAAAGUUGUUGAAUAUGUACCUGCACCCACUGCUAGAAAAGAGGGCAAAGUUGAAGGGAUUCAAUCCACACCAAUAGCAAAUCCUGUUAGUGUCAACAUACCAACUCCUACCCCACCAACCACGCCAGCUAAGACAUCAUCAACAAUGUCAGCCCCAAAUAAAUCCACUCAGGUUACAGAUAUGGAAGCCACUACUCUAAGCUGGAUGUUAGGUUGUUAUGAAUCCAGAAGAAUUGGUCGUACGCAACAGAUAGAGUUUUUUUCAGAAUAUUUGCAAUUCUGUCAUAAAUUUUCUUUACCUAACGCUCUUCCCUCGACAGAUUUCUUACGUUUAGUCAAGGUGGCAUUUCCACAAUGUGAGACAAAAAUGAAAGCUAAUGAAUCUGGUGAUAAAGAUAUAGUAUUUCUAGGUGUUUGUAAGCGUGCUAAUCCCAAACCAUUUAUGAUUACAAAUACCACUGUGCCUCAGCCCAUGAGUGUGAGUGUGAACUUACAAGGUGGCUCUAAGGCUCUUAAUUCAUCUCCUGUGGGCACUAAUAUUCCUACUCCUACUCUCAGGCAGCGGCUAAUGGAACCGCCCAGGCAUCCUAUUCAUCCACCAAUUCUUCAUUCAGGUUCCUCAGCAACUCCAACUUCCAUAAAAGUCACACAACCAGUUACACCAAGACCUAUUGCUCCAAAACCAGUAGCCAGUAAACAGUUACAGCUGGGUAGUACAUUUGUAAUCAGUCAAGCGCCUAGGCCUCCAGGAACCCAAAUCGAAGUCAGUCUUCAGAAUACUACCCCACCAGUUAAACGACCAAGAAUUGCUCCAAAGGGACAGAUAAUCCAGACUACUCCACAAUUUCCAUCAAUACAAACUGCUUUACAAGGGGAUGGCCAGCAAGUUAUGGUGAAAACAGCUGCCUUAUUGUUAGAACAAGAUACUACAAAAUCAGCAGACACCAAUCUAAUCAAAAGUCUUUUGGCUAAGAAACUAAGUCAAAAUAUAGUUGGAAGACAAAAUAUACCAAUUGGUGCUACAACUAGUCAUGGUUUACAAUUACCAGAGAGUGUAGAGAAUUUGGUACAACAAGCUCAACAACAACAACAGUUCAUAUUGGCUCCAACAGCUGGAGGAGAUUUUACUGGUCAACAUAAUAUUAUCUUUACUACUGCAACCAACAUUCAAACUUCACAAAUGAAAGAAUCUCAGAUCAUCACCAACCAGCCUUUAACAACACAAGUGCCCAUAGAGGUGUCAGCAGUCCACUCUACACCCAUUAUUAAUACUGUUGUUAGUCCACAAAGCAUUUCACAAAAUCAUCCCAAUACUUCAACAAUUCUUUCACAAACUCUUCAACAACCAACAUCCACUAACAUCUCUCAGUCUAGAACGUGUAAAUCAGAAGUGUUUAAGGUAUCUGAAGGCACUGUUGAAAAUGUAUAUCAUAAAGGUUUACAAGACAGUAAUUCAGCCUCUAGCAACAUCACUCCGUCCUCCAUAGACAAUACAAGUAGUGCUAAUACUAAUAAAUUUUCUAAUGGUUUAUUACAACAACAUUUAGUGUCUAGUUCCACAUCUCUUCAUUCGAGUACAAUUCAAUCAGUGCCCAGCAGUGUAGUAAAAACAAAUGGCUCUACUAAUCAUUCCCAUUGUAAUGAUGUCAAGAUUGACACGUCUCUGAGUGGGUCACUUAGUGAAAAUGGUCCCCUCCCUAGUGAUAAGAGUGUGAAAAUAAAUGGAAAUCCAGGGUUAGAGGAGGACAAGGUAUUAGAUAGUGAAACUAUAUCAAACAAUAAUAGAUUAAAAGGUGGAGAUGCUGUGAUCAGUGAUAAAAAAUUACAUGAUAUCAAACUUGUGAAUGGUAAUGUCUCUUCUCCAUUAUCAUUAGAAUCAGACCUCCCACCAUCUCCUAUUUGUUUAAACAACAUACAAAGUGGACUAUUAAAUGGCAUUUCUGAUGACUCUUUAGACUCAUUUUCAAGUGAUAAACCUAUAAAACCUCUUCCUAAAGAAGAUAUAUCUAAGAUAAUUGAGAAAGCAGCCAAAAUGAAUGGAAUAACAAAUCAUAUUGGAAAUGGUGAUCAAGAAGAAAGUAUGGAUGUUGAUCAAACUGUUCUAAAUGAACCAAAUUGCCAGAAUACCAUAUCCAAUAUCCAGUUUCAAAACCACAAUGGUAAUAUGGUUGCUAGUGCUUUAAGGUCUACACCAACUAUUCCAAUUGUUAAUGGGCAACAAGCUCAAAUUACACAAGUACCAAAAGAGUUGAUGAAUAUUAUUGUUAGUGCUGACGUAUCACCUGCUGUGAUCAAAAUUCAAUCUAGCAUUAUGGAUGAUAGAAAAAUUUGUGAAACUAUAAGACAUGUUCCUACUCCAGAAACUAGGGAUGGGGAACUUAGCUCAGACAGUUUUGCCUCCUCCUCAGCAGAAUCUGUCCCAGAAAAACAUUCCACACCAGUGUUUGUUAGUGUUGCUCAGCCAAUUGGUAAGGUAGCUGAUAAACCUGCUGUCGUUGGUAGUGUGGGUGGAGAGAAGAAAGGGAAAAGUAGGAAACGAAGACAAAGUUCGACUGGUACUACAUCUGUUAUAGUAUCUACUACAACAACUACUGUAGAUACUAAACCUACUCAACCAACACCACAACAAAUAGAAUUUCAGUGUCAAUGGGCUGGUUGUAACAGGUGUUUUGAGAAUGCAAAAUCUGUUUUUCAUCAUGUAGUUAAAACUCACACAUUAGUUGGUACUGAUGGUUUUUGUCAAUGGUCACAAUGUCCACAAGUUAAACGUCAGCGUUGGUCACUGAUCACUCAUUUACAGGAUCAUCAUUGCUCGGAAAAUGCUUUGAGAGUGAGUGCUUCAAAACGUCAACAACCAACUACUUCUACUCCUGCAGCUAGAAAACCUGUUGUUGCUGUUCAACAACCAUCACCAGUAGUACCUCAACAACAGUGUCCAGCAGUGAAUAAUACACCAACAUCAUCUACUACUGCUACUGGUAUUGAUGGUAAAUCUGAUGGAAAGAAUGCACUGGUGUAUCCAAAUGAUGCCGCUAUGCAAGCUAUCAAACGUUUUCUCGUGAAACCACCCUUUCCAGAAUUUUUUGAAACAAGAGAAGGUCCUGUAACAAAACACAUUCGCCUUACUGCUGCUUUAAUUCUCAGGAAUAUUGCUCGUUAUUCUCCAACUGGAAGAAGUCAAAUAAAGAAGAAAGAACCUCAGAUAAGUUAUGUUACUAUGAGUGCUGUAGAAUCGUCGACUGCUUUAGCUAGCUGUCUAUGGGAAAUAUUGGAUCACUGACACUUAGCUUCAUCUUACGCUGUCCGAACUCGUACAUUUCAUUUUUUUUCUCAGGCAUAUGUUUUAAAUCUCUGUUCACAAACAGAUGCAAUAUUAACUUUAUUCUGUUUCUGGUCACUUUCUGUAAACCAAGAUAUCACAGAAAACUUGUACAGUAACUAAAUCAUUCAUUGAAGUAGUCUUCAAAGACCAGUAUGCAAAUGCAUGUUUAUCUAAAAAGGGCAUUUUUCAACAUUGCACACUUCUAUUUUUCUGUAGAUUUGAAUACAUGACAGAAGUGUGUGUUUGAUACAGAGUGUAGUGUGUUUAAUAAUCAUUGUUUAUAAUGUCCUGUAUCUUAACUAAAAUACAUCAGCAGCUCACCUAGUGCCUGGCCUCAUUCUCUCUCUCCUUCACUGUUAUAUACAGUAAUUGUGGAAUACCAUCUCACCGUUUAGGUCAAUGCAAUACAAACUUAAGUUCAAACAGUUGUUUUUGGUAGGUGUUGGGGGUUGUUACAAUUUUCCUUCCUUGCCCUGGCACAGAAACUCAGAGAUAACAUCAUCCCAUGAUCAUGGCUUUUUCAUUUGUUUUUC